AUGCUUCCACCACCUCCCACAACAUACAACAAUCCCGAUGAACUUUUUCAAAACGUGCAAAGAUUUGCAAUUUCUCAAGGAUACGUGCUAUUGUAUGCUACUAGAUGUGAUGGCUUAUGGCACCUUGAGGUUCGUAAUGCAGCUCACAACCAUAAUCACUCAGAAGAAAUAGCUGGACAUCCCAUUGCACAUCGACUUUCAGAACAACAAACAGCAAGUAUUGCAGCGAUGACUACUGCUAGUUUACGUCCCAAAGAAAUUAUAUCAACUCUUCGUCAAAAUGAUCCUUCAACACUAGUCACUAACAUCAAUAUUUAUAAUACACGUGUGCAGAUUCGGUUACAAAAUCUAGCAGGUCGUACUCCCAUUCAGACCCUAAUAGACGAGUUUCAAAAAGGCAACUUUUUAUAUGAGUAUAAAUAUGAUAACACUGUAGGUAUCACUGGCUUCAAUACUACCUUUUAUUCUUGUUUUAUUUUUAUGAAGAGUGAGGACGAAGAGGAUUACAAGUGGGCUUUAACACAGUUUAUGCACCUGUUCAAUAGAAUAUCUAAACCUGGUAUUAUCGUGACUGAUAGAGAGCUAGCUCUUAUGAACGCUCUCAAUUCAGUUUUUCCUGAUUCCAAAAACUUACUUUGCAAUAAUAUAGUUCAAUCUGAAACAGAAAUCGAAUUUGAUACAAAUUGGAAUAAUUUUCAUUUUACUUACAUUAAUAAAUCUAAUAUUAUUUCAUAUCUUGAGGAAACCUGGAUACCAUGGAAGGAAAGAGGUAAAGUUUUAACUUUUGCACUCAAAAAGAUAAAUGAUCAGUAUCAAAAAGCAAAGUAUGCUACUACACUAGAACCCUUGCCACCAUGCACUGGAUCUUUCUCAAGAACCAUGGGUUACCUACCAGUACCCCAAAUUGAGGAUAAUACUUCCUACUCUGAAGAUUCAUUACAGCUUUUUUUACAAGAUCUCCAACAAAGAUAUCAGGAAUGGCCUGAAUUCCAGCAAUCAGUAGCACGUGAGAUACUAAAAAACAUGAUUGAAAUGCCAUUAAUUACCUUACAAAACCCCAAUGUAGUGCGUACUAAAAGACGUCCUCCUGGUGCUCCUAAUCGCCAAACUAACUCAACAAAGAGAGAUCUUUCUGGCUUUGAACUGGUAGAUUAUAAAGUAAGACAUUGCACUCUUUGUCUACAACCUGGACAUAAUGCUCGUACCUGCUCAAACAACUCAGUAUGA